CUAUUUCAGGAGUCUGGAUUUGCAUCUGAGUUCAUUGCCACUGAGCCCUGCCGAAGAAGAGCUCAGGGAGCUUUAGGAGUUGGCUUCUUGGAGGCUGCUUCUCCUUUACUUGGAAGGCUUCACUAGUGAUGGACCCAUACAUGAUUCAGAUGAACAGCAAAGGUAACCUCCCCUCAAUUCUGGACGUACAUGUCAACGUUGGUGGGAGAAGCUCUGUGUCGGAAAAAAUGAAAGGCAGGAAGGCCAGGUGGUCCGUGAGGCCCUCAGACAUGGCCAACAAAACUUUCAACCCCAUCCGAGCCAUUGUGGACAACAUGAAGGUGAAACCAAAUCCAAACAAAACCGUGAUUUCUCUGUCCAUUGGGGACCCUACUGUGUUUGGAAACCUGCCUACAGACCCUGAAGUUACCCAGGCAAUGAAAGAUGCCCUGGACUCGGGCAAAUAUAAUGGCUAUGCCCCAUCCAUUGGCUACCUAUCCAGUCGGGAGGAGAUUGCGUCUUAUUAUCACUGUUCUGAGGCACCCAUAGAAGCUAAGGAUGUCAUUCUGACAAGUGGCUGUAGUCAAGCUAUUGAACUUUGUUUAGCUGUGUUGGCAAACCCAGGGCAAAACAUCCUGGUUCCGAGACCUGGUUUCUCUCUCUACAGGACUCUGGCUGAAUCUAUGGGAAUUGAGAUCAAAUUCUACAAUUUGUUGCCAGAGAAGUCUUGGGAAAUUGACCUGAAACAACUGGAAUCUCUGAUUGAUGAAAAGACAGCUUGUCUCAUUGUCAAUAAUCCAUCAAACCCCUGUGGGUCAGUGUUCAGCAAACGUCAUCUUCAGAAGAUUCUGGCAGUGGCUGCAAGGCAGUGUGUCCCCAUCUUAGCUGAUGAGAUCUAUGGAGACAUGGUGUUUUCGGAUUGCAAAUAUGAACCAAUGGCCACUCUCAGCACCAAUGUCCCCAUCCUGUCCUGUGGGGGGCUGGCCAAGCGCUGGCUGGUUCCUGGCUGGAGGUUGGGCUGGAUCCUCAUUCAUGACCGAAGAGACAUUUUUGGCAAUGAGAUUCGAGAUGGGCUGGUAAAGCUGAGUCAGUGCAUCUUGGGACCCUGUACCAUUGUCCAGGGAGCUCUAAAAAGCAUCCUACGGUGUACCCCGCAAGAGUUUUACCAGAACACUCUGAGCUUCCUCAAGUCCAAUGCUGAUCUCUGUUAUGGGGCACUGGCUGCCAUCCCUGGACUCCGACCAGUCCGCCCCUCUGGGGCCAUGUACCUCAUGGUUGGAAUUGAGAUGGAACAUUUCCCGGAAUUUGAGAACGACGUGGAGUUCACGGAGCGGUUAGUUGCUGAGCAAUCUGUCCACUGCCUCCCAGCAACGUGCUUCGAGUACCCGAAUUUCAUCCGAGUGGUCAUCACAGUCCCCGAGGUGAUAAUGCUGGAGGCAUGUAGCCGGAUCCAGGAGUUCUGUGAGCAGCACUACCACUGUGCUGAAGGCAGCCAGGAGGAGUGUGAUAAAUAGACUUGCAUCCAUUCUUCUGAGGAAGUGUCCCAUUUGGGGAGGGCUGGACUAGGCCUUGCAGCUCCUCAGGGAGUUAGGUGGCCCUAGUGGGAGAGGGGCCUCAAAUGCACCAUGUCAAGAGUUCAAGAUUGCUCCUGCUUUUCCCCAAGUACAACUACAACCACACUCAGAUCUUCCUCAUCCACAACACAUCCCAGAUUCUCCCUUGCUCUGCGCUACUGGAGUGACUCACUAAUUCAUUCAUCUGUCUUCCUCUCUUAAGAUUUCCUCCUUUUUUCUUGAAAGUACCAGGCAAACAAAGUUUACCAGAAAGCAGGUGAGACAAGAAAAUGAGAGCUCAGGAUGAGGGAAAAAUAAAAGAUUGAGAGAACUUGUGCCCUCAACCAUUUCCUCAGACUCUAAAAAAGAACACACUCUGUCCAGGCAGGUCUGGAGCUCAAUUCUCUUACUGCUUCUAGUUAGGAUCCUAACUAGAAAGGGGUUGCAGGCACAUAUAUUUGGUUAAUUACAUUUUGAAUACAUUAGGAAAAGUUGCUAUUUGAACUUUUGAUUUUUGGGGGGAGUAAAGAAUUAUUUUGUGAUGCAAAUAAAUAUCCUUUAAUUGAUCAAUUGAUCGACUUCCUAAAUUUAGAUUUGUGUGCAUCAGGCUUUUUUUCUUUUCUUUUUUUUUGGAGACAGAGUCUUGCUCUGUCAACCAGCGUGGAGUGCAGUGGUGUGAUCGUGGCUCACUGCAACCUCCACCUCCUGGGUUCAAGUGAUUCUCCUGCCUCAGCCUCCCGAGUAGCUCGGAUUACAGGUGUGUGCCACCACACCCGGCUAAUUUUUGUAUUUUUAGUAAAGAUGAAGUUUCACCAUGUUAGCCAGGCUGGUCUCAAACUCUUGACCUUAGGCAGUCUUCCCCGUCUCCCCCGCCCCUACCUUGCCUCAGCUUCCCAAAGCGCUUGGAUUACAGGUGUGAGCCACCACAUCUUUCUUAAAGAUCAGGCAUCAGGCUUUUUUAAAGUGACAGCACAUCUGUACUACAGCAAGCAGGAAUCAGAGACCUUCAAGAAAUACUACUGUGUAAGGGCCAGAAAUAUCUUCACUUGUCAUUGUUAUAGAAUCAUUAUUAUUUUUGCUAUGAUGUUAAUAUUGAUUUAUUAAUAUAUAUUAUCUUUUCAUAUAUUUUCUAAGAAACAUUUAUAUUGACAAGAUCUUUUAUUUUGCCAAGGGCAUAAAUUAUUGUUUUUCUGUUUUUUUUUUUUAAUAAAUUUUACGAAGUAUGGCUCUGC